CACAACUCUUCGAACGCUCAUAAUGACUUUGGUCGCCAGCUUUCUUCACAUGCACUCAAAUAUAUAAACAUCUCUUUCUCCAAAAGAAAAACAUCAACACCUCUCUUAACAUCUCACUGGAUCAAUAUCAAGACAUCCCAAAAUAAUGGUGCAGUACCAAGAACUCGCUAUUCAGAGAAGCUUCAGCUGCACCACAAGAAAGAUCGAUCCAGCCACCUCUCUGGCGCAUGGCUCUCAUUCCCGCUCUCCUUCCUCCUUCGCUUUGAUCCCAACCAUCCCUGAACAUGAACUCUUCCUCGUACCAUGCCAAAGAACCUCCUCCUCCUCCUCGUCUUCUUCUUCUUCCUCAAGCAGCAUCGUAAAAGUCAACUUGAAGCUUUCUUCCUUCUUACGUUCUAUCAUCAAACUCAUUAACCUCCCCACUUGCAACUUCAUGUCACUUCCUUCUCCACCAUCUUCUUCCUCUAGCUUUUCUAACCAGCUGGUCUCACUAGUCACCGGUGGAUCCUCUUCCCUAGGAAAAAAAGUCACCGGGACUUUGUACGGACACAGAAGAGGCCAUGUCACGUUUUCAGUCCAGUACGGUCCGAGUUCCGACCCAGUGUUGCUCUUAGACCUUGCCAUGUCAACGGCUUCUCUAGUCAAAGAGAUGUCGUCAGGACUAGUCAGGAUCGCGUUGGAGUGUGAGAAGCGUCACCGUUCGGGGACUAAACUUUUCCAAGAGCCUAAGUGGACCAUGUAUUGUAACGGGAAGAAGUGCGGUUACGCGGUGUCACGGGGCGGCGCGUGCACCGAGUCGGACUGGCGCGUGUUGAACACGGUAUCUAGGGUUACGGUUGGAGCUGGAGUUAUACCUACGGCGAAGAGUAUUGAUGACGUGUCAGGUGGUGGAAAGGAGCUAGGGGAGUUGUUGUAUAUGAGAGGUAGAUUUGAACGAGUCGUUGGGAGCCGUGACUCGGAGGCGUUUUACAUGAUGAACCCGGAUAAAAACGGAGGUCCUGAACUCAGUAUCUUUCUUCUUAGAAUAUAAAUAAAUAAAAAUGUUUUUGACUUAUUAAUAAAAAUUAGGUGUCUAUUCUACACAUGCAGACAUGAUUAUCUUACAAAUAUUUAUUAAUAUAGAAAUAUUAACUCAAGCAUUAUAAACUACUAGUGGUUGAGCUCCGCGCUUGAUUUUGUUUGUCAUUGUUAUUUUACUUUUGUAGUAGUGAACAUGUCGACAUAUUCUUUUGUUUAUCCAUGUUCAUCUUGGUUUCUCGAAUUUGCAUAUGCAUGGAUGGAGUCAUGGAGAUGUAGUAGUUGGCAUCAUAUAUAAGAGAAGAUGAUUUUUUUUUUUGACCAGCAACACGGAAGAUUUUUUUUACCAUCCGUUGCUGGUCGGUUGAUUCGUUGUAAUGUUACUUUGGACUCACCGUGACCUAAACACUUUUCAGUUUA